AUGACUGAGAGGACUGGUAAUUGCCUGGUUAAUGACAUUACAUUUCUCUCAUUUGAGCGAGAGGGGUCACCACUGUUCGAUCUUAUCAGGCAGUCAAAAGAACGAGAAGGCCAAACUGAUCAGCCUGAGCCCACUUCCACUCUCAAUCUGCCUCUCCAACAUAAUCACACUGCCGCAGACCUCUAUCUUUCUCCUGUGAGAUCUCCUAAGAAGAAAGCAUCUGGACCUCCUCCAAGUGCUACUUCCAGUCCAGAUGCUCAGCCAACUGUGACCCCUCAAACACAGAAACCACAGAAAUCUACCUCUCUCUCUCUGUUCUACAAAAAAGUGUAUCUACUGGCCUAUCUUCGACUACAUACCCUGUUCUUUCGGCUUCUCUCUGAACAUCCUGACCUGGAACCCUUGAUCUGGACCCUCUUCCAGCACACACUGCAAAAUGAAUAUGAGCUUAUGAGAGACAGGCACUUGGACCAGAUCAUGAUGUGUUCCAUGUAUGGCAUAUGCAAAGUAAAGAAUGUAGAUCUUAGAUUUAAAAUAAUAGUUUCGGCAUACAAGGAGCUUCCCAACACAAAUCAAGAGACUUUCAAACGUGUUCUUAUCAGGGAAGAACAGUAUGACUCCAUUAUAGUCUUUUACAACUUAGUGUUUAUGCAGAAGCUGAAAACGAACAUUUUGCAGUACGCCUCCAACAGGCCUCCCACUCUGUCACCUAUCCCACACAUUCCUCGCAGCCCUUACCAGUUUUCCAACUCUCCUCGGCGUGUCCCUGCUGGCAAUAACAUAUACAUCUCACCCUUGAAGAGCCCAUACAAAUUCUCUGAUGGGUUUCAGUCGCCCACAAAGAUGACUCCACGGUCUAGAAUUUUGGUGUCAAUUGGUGAAUCAUUUGGGACUUCUGAAAAGUUUCAAAAAAUAAACCAGAUGGUGUGCAACAGCGAUUGCCAGCUAAAACGCAGCGCAGAAGUAAGUGCUGCUCCUAAGCCACUGAAGAGGCUGCGCUUUGAUAUAGAAGGGCAAGACGAAGCAGAUGGAAGCAAACACCUACCCCAGGAGUCCAAGUUCCAACAAAAGCUUGCAGAAAUGACAUCUACUCGAACAAGAAUGCAAAAGCAGAAACUGAAUGAUGGAAAUGAUACCUCAGCCAGUGAAGAAAAGUGAGAUUCUUCUCAGGACCAGGGGCUGCACUGCAGGCCCUCUUAGCUUGUUUUUGUUUUACAGCCUUCAUUAAUUGAGUUGCUUUUUUAGUUGCUUUUUAUUCCGAACUGCUAGUUGAAAGCAUUUGGACUUUUAAAAUUUUUAAGUGUUACUCAUGAUACUUUGCCUUAUGAUGUAGCAUAUAUACAAUGUAAGCCACUGAAUUUAAUUUAUAUAUAUUUUUUGAGGAUUUUAAAAACAGACUUGGAAGGUGUCUUAGUUUCCUAAUGCAACAUUACUGAUUUAAGCCAAUUCAGUCUACUUGGAUUGAAUUUUUCUGUCUAAAGACAAAAUGUU